AUGAGAAGCUUCCUACGGACCCUACGAGUCUUCUCCAAGCUAACCACAUCUCUUCCCCGGACUCGGACUCGGACUCUAACACCUAAUUCCCUAUCCCUCGCAGCCCGCACAAUGGCCACCUCUACCGCGCCCGUCCUCAAGCAGCCUAUCAAAUUAGCCUGCAUCCAACUCGCCAGCGGUUUGGACAAGACGGCCAACCUAGCCCACGCGCGGGACAAAGUCGUCGAAGCCGCCAAAGCAGGCGCCAAACUCGUCGUAUUACCAGAAUGUUUCAACUCGCCAUACGGCACCAAUUACUUCCCACAAUACGCCGAGACCCUUCUCCCCGGCCCCCCAUCCCCCACUCAAUCCCCCUCAUACCACGCGCUCUCCGCCAUGGCCGCCGAGACCGGGGUUUUCCUCGUCGGCGGGUCGAUCCCCGAGGCGGAUCCGGACCCGAGCACGAACAAGUACUACAACACGUCGCUGGUGUUCGGGCCGGACGGGACACUCCUAGCGAGCCACCGAAAAGUGCACCUCUUCGACAUCGACAUCCCGGGGAAAAUCUCCUUCCGCGAGAGCGAGGUGCUGUUCCCGGGCAACAAGGUGACCGUGGUCGAGCUGCCCGGGUACGGCAAGAUCGCCGUCGCCAUCUGCUACGACAUCCGGUUCCCGGAGCUGGCGACGGUGGCCGCGCGCCGCGGCGCCUUCGCCCUCGUCUACCCCGGCGCCUUCAACCUGACGACGGGCCCCCUGCACUGGCGCCUGCUGGGCCAGGCCCGCGCCGUGGAUAACCAGCUGUACGUGGCGCUGUGCAGUCCGGCGCGCGACCUGCAGGCGGAGUACCACGCGUACGGACACAGCUUGGUCGUCGAUCCGAUGGCCCAGGUGCUCGUCGAGGCCCAGGAGAAAGAGGACGUCGUGUAUUGGGAGUUGGACGGCGAGAAGAUCCUCGAGACGAGGCGGAAUAUCCCGCUCGCGACGCAGCGGCGGUUCGAUGUUUAUCCGGAUAUUAAUGAGGGUAAGAUUAGUUUUGAGGAGCCGAAUCCGCCCAAGUGA